GUUCACAUUAUUAGUUCCCGUGUCAAAUUCCAAAUUUACUGUUUAAAAACUUUCAAAAUCUUUUCGACCACUGAAAAUAACAAAAUUUAAAUAGAAAAGAUAUGUGUAACUGUUACUGUGACUGCCCAAUAAUCCGCGUUGUGCCUCCAUUUAGCUGUCAGGUGCUCCAAUCGUGCACUCUAGCCGAGGGUCCUCCGCGAAUAGCAAUCUAUCGACGGCAGCGGCCGUGUCGGUCAUUGUUUCGAAAGUUUUUCCUCCGGGGUGACAUUCCGAUAUCACGCUAUUUCGGCCCGAAGGCUUCUCGGCAGUUUAUCAAGUGGCAUGUCCCUCCGGAGAAGUUAGACUACCAACGUUAUCUUCCGCUGUUCUUCGAUGGCCUUUGCGAAAGUACCUUUCCCUAUCGUGAGUUUGCUCGCAAUGGCGUCCGGGACAUGAUUGCGGCAGCGAAGGAAAAACAGCUGCUUUGCUGCUUGCCAAUGCUGAUCCUGCCGGCAAAACGAGCCUUGCAUACGAAAGAUCCGGACGUCAUAAUCGCCACAUUACGGUCUCUACAGCAGCUGGUGCAAGCCGGUUCAACCAUUGGUCCGGCACUGGUCCCAUACUACCGGCAGCUUUUGCCAAUGGCGAAUUUGUUUCGCGGAGUAAACGUAAAUCAGUGUGAUCAAAUGGAUUUCCAAGGUGGAAAUCGACUUGGAGAGGUAAUUGACGCUACGCUCAACACAUUGGAACGAACUGGAGGAAAGGAUGCCUAUCUAAAUAUUAAAUACAUGGUGCCGACGUAUGAAAGCUGCGUUUUGAAUAGAUGAAUUUCGGUGGAGAGACAUCAUACUUCACUAGCGUAACGCUGGAGGCAUAGUCAUUCGUUACAUGAAUCAGACGCAGGCCUUUUAAUUUAAUUAUUCCACCAAAGAGUGUUGAAGUUCACACAGAUUUUGGACGAGGGAUGCAAAGUUCUAUUCGGUGCAUUCGUUUUCAUCCACAGCUUAAAAUAGCACCAUUUGCACAAAUCAAUUCGAGUAACCAGCAGGUGAGGCUCUUGAUGUGAUCGGAAGGUGAUGGUUUCGACUGUGGAUGACGUGGAUCGAGAUUUUACGAAAAUUAAAUGCUCUUGGCCGUCAACCGCAGCAGCUUUUCACACAUUGCUUGGCCACGGUUUGUUUUAUUACUUCGUUAACGCUGCCAUCGACCAAAACUGAUUGUCUGCCAACCACCGACGAAUGGCUGUCUCUUUCGAAUCAGACAGAACAUUGCAGACACCGAAUUGGUGCAACCGCAGACUUCGUGCUGUCACACGUUCCCAUGCAUCAUGAGAAAUUGAAUGGAAAAUGGUAAAUCACCUCUCAGGGCACUCCCAUGUGGUUUCGGGCUGGAUUUUUGUGUGUAGGGAAGACACAAACAGGACGAGAUUUUCGCAUACCCAUUCUGUCAGAUGUCAUUGUAAUCCGGGUCGUCGUUGUCGUAGAUACAGAGUAGCCUGGCGGGUUUUUAAGCUAAGCAGAAAACAACGAGAUGUUCCGAAUGAUUCACUGCUUAUCACUGCACACAUUAUUUUCCCGAAUUUCUUCCAUACUGCGAAUCGUGCGCCAUGACAACGUGUGCGGAUCCCGGCGGUGUAAAAAUAAAGCUUGAACGUAUUGCUUUUAUGAACGAUUUCUUAUUUCAACAGAAUGAAGCCUCGCCCAUCAAUGAUUUUGGUAAGGUAGAGAGAUAAAAAGCUUCAACG